AUGAAGAGAAGAUAUAGCAAUUGUGAAGACUGUCUGCCUUCGCCUGAGUAUUCAGAGCCAGAAUACCCAAUAUUAGGCUUAAACACGAAAAAAACAAGAAUAACUCAAACCUCGCACGAGUUCAUAGAGGCAAUUGAUGAUUCAAUAUUGAGUUUUAUCAAUAGAGAUGGGUUUAUAAGUCAGAAAAAGUUCAUAGUUAAGGACAAACCAACAAAUUUGGUUUUGGUUUUCUUUGGUGUGAUUGAUGAUUUCCUUGAGCCUAUAAGCAAUGCUCAUGAUAAAUUGAGUCAAAUAUUCAAUGCUGAAAUAAUAGGAAUUUCUUCAAAUAUAUCCAGAAAUCAUCACAUUUUCCCGUUGAUCAAUAGUUCUAAAAUUCCUAAAAAGUUUAAUGUUUUAGACCCAGUUGGUGGUGGUGUCUACCCAAGAGACGUUGUAAUCAUAUUUGACAAAACGGGAAGGCGAAGAGUUGAAAUACCAGUUAAACUAUAUAACAGAUACCUACUGGAUAGGCCAAUAACGGAUGUUUUGAUGGAUUAUUUGGAAGAGUUGGAAAGUGAAUCUAUGUUGUGA